CCCCACAAUGCUAACUUGACCAUUUCUCUCACAUUAAAAAAAAAAAAAACUUAAAAAAAAUGAGAUUCCUUCCAUUGUUCCUCUUUAUUCUUUUUUUUUUGUUUGUUUGAUUGAUUGAUUUCUUGUUUCUAGGUUGUGAUCAUGAUCCUAUGAUUCAUAUGGAUGGAAGUUUAUGAGUUAAAGAUUGGAUUUUUGGCUCCUCAAAUAUUGCCCCAAAGGUCUAAACUUUAACUUGGUAGCCUUUUGUAUCUUUUUUUAGAAACCAGAUUCUUGAUUAUGGGUUUCAGGUUUGGUAAAUUAAUGAGUUAAAGAUGGGAUUUUUAGUUCAUCAGAUAUUGCCCCAAAGGUCAAAACUUGAAAUUGGUAUUUUUCAGAAACUAGAUUCUUGAUUAUGGGUUUCAGGAUUGGUAAUUGAUGAGUUAAAGAUGAGAUUUUUGGCUCCUCAAAUAUUGCCCCAAAGGUCAAAACUUUAACUUGACCAGAUUCUGGAUUUGGAUUUUUGGCUGACUUGUAGUGGGAAUCAAGAAAAUUUAUGUCUGGUAGAUUUAUAAUUUGCUAAUUCACUAAAAAGGGACUCUGGAUAUUCCCUUUUUUGUUGAUAAUCUGGAGUUUGAUUAGUUUAUGUUGGCCUUUGGAUUCAUUGAUAAGAGUCACUUGGAUAAUGUUGUGAUGAAGUUUGGAGAUUUAAGUGGCUCAAUUGUAUUUCUUGGACUAUAGCAUUUUUUGUAGGGACCCCUUUGGGAUUUGUUGUUUUUAUUUGAGGGUAUAUGGAGUACCUUCCUGUUGAGGUCAUUGGUAACAUUUUGUCCCGGCUCGGAGCUGCCCGUGACGUUGUGAUUGCAUCUUCCACUUGUCGAAAAUGGCGACAGGCUUGGACAAGUCAUCUUCACACGCUGACGUUUAACUCGAAUGACUGGCCGGUUUAUCAUGAGCUCACAAGGAGCAGACUCGAAAUAAUCAUAACUCAGACGAUUUUCCAAACUAACGGACUGCAUUCCCUAUCGAUCCUCAUGGAUGAUGUCGAUGAGUUCUCCGCUGCUCCAGUAAUAGCUUGGCUAAUGUAUACCAGAGAAACGUUACGCCAGUUAUAUUACAACGUCAGGACUACUCCGAACAUUAAUAUACUCGAAAAAUGUGGUCGACAGAGGCUAGAAGUGUUAGCUCUUGCACACAAUACGAUCACUGGAGUCGAACCGAGUUACCAAAAAUUCCCUUGCUUGAAGUUUCUUUCGUUAAGUUACGUGAGUAUGUCGGCUUUAGACUUGACUCUUUUCCUCACAGCCUGCCCAAAAGUCGAGGUCUUGAAUCUUGUUAGUAUAGACAUCGUUAUGUCUGAUCCACAAGCGACAAUGGAGCUGACGAGUAACUCUUUGAAAGAUAUCUAUGUCGAAGCCGUUAGUUUGGAUAAAAUCAUUCUGGAGGCCGAUAGUCUUGAGAAGCUGCAUUUGAAAGAUUGUACGCUUGAGGAUUUCGAGCUUGUCAGCAAGGGGAAGUUAAAACUUCUUAAGAUCGAUGAUGUCAGCGUCAUCCAUCUCGAUAUUGGUGAGAGUGCUGAAAAUCUCGAGAUCGUGGACGUCAGUAAUUUCACAAUCAUGUGGUCUAAGUUCCAUCAUAUGAUAGCAAAAUCGUCAAAGCUGAGGAGAUUGAGGCUAUGGCAAGUUGUAUUCGAUGAUGAUGAUGAGGCAGUGGAUAUCGAGACGAUUUCCGCUUGUUUUCCUCAAUUAAGUCAUUUGUCAUUGAGCUACGAACUAAGAGAGACGGGACUUCAGUAUGGAUCGGAAGAUUCUUUUCGAUUGGAAAAUGUGGUUGUCCUGGAGCUCGGAUGGAUGGUGAUUAGUGACUUGUUCUCGCAUUGGGUAGCGGGCCUACUCGAAAGGUGCCCGAACUUGAGGAAGUUGGUAAUUUAUGGGGUUGUUUCAGAAACCAAAACGCACGAAGAAUGCCAUACGUUAGCCAACUUCACGUCUUUUAUUGUAAGGCUUAUGAGGAAAUAUUUGCAUGUACAUGUUCAGUUUGAAUAUGAAUAGAUUUUUGAACAGUUGUUCUCUGCUUGGAGGUACAUGAUCCUUAGUGCUGAUUGUCUUUUUUUGUAUAUUGGUGUAACACUGUUCUUUAUGAUAAAUUUUGUCGUUCGCCAAAUUUGAAAUUAUUUUCUUUCAAUUCAAGUAAGCAUAUCGUUUGCAUU